AUGGAAAGCCUAGCCCUGUUGCCAUUGAGGGCUUCCCUGCUCCCUCAUCAUGAAUCGCCCAAAACAAAGAGGAAGACCUCGAAGCAAUUUACCUUCCUAGUCGAGACCAAGAAACCGGAGGCAAAUGUCUCUGGCAAGAUCAAAGCCAUCAUAAAUUCUCAUAUUGCAAAGCAGACUCAUGACAAGCGCAAAGUACAACAAGCGGAAUCUAGGGAGGUAGCUGUACCACGGACAUCAGAAUCGUACCUGAGCUUCUCCUGGGAAUCCGGACGAACGACACCCUGGUAUGGCUCCUUCGGAGAGCCCCCAGAUGGCACGGAUAAUUUCUUCAUUCCUUCACCGUCUUCCAUCCUUCGUCGUGGAAAUUCGGACCCCUUCAUAACGACACGAAUCCCUGUCACUACUGCCGUUCACGAGUGUAUGGUCUUUACCCGUGACUGUUUUCUCCCUUCGCUCCAUGGGAAAGAAAUCGAUUUGGCCAAGACGAGUGUGUACAUGGACGCUUUCUGGCAAGACACCGUAGAGGGACUACAAGAUGAGUGCAUCGGAUAUGCCUAUUUAUCCAGGUCAGCUGCGAUCAUAACCACAAUUACUGUUUCCCAGGAGACAGAGAACCUAUCCCUUUAUUUCAAAAGUCGUGCGAUUGCGGCUCUCCGUAAGCGCAUGAAGGAGCUCAAUACGGCUCAGACGAAGUUGGCGCUCUGCUGGGCCAUAUAUUCGCUAUUCUCAGCCGAGAUUGCGGGCCAUAAUUUCCCUGCCGCUGAAAUUCACGGCAAGUUUCUACGGCAGCUCAUCCAGCCUGAGGAGAGAGACAGGAUUCCCGUCAUGACAGACUCUCGCUUCCGCCAAGCAGCAAUGUACCAAGAUAUCCAGCGAGCGUCUGUGUCGCUGACGAGACCAUCAUUUGAUCUUGAUCGGUGGUUGGCAGAGUUUCUUCCGGGGACUUGGCUUGAGGAAAUUGGUCUGGAUAUCACAUUGCCUCCAGUAGUCUUGGAUCUAGCUAUCGAGGACAUCUACCUGAGAGAGGUGUUCGAUCAGACCAAGCAAUGGCUAAUGGUGCUUGGCAUUGUCCUGUCAAAUCCAAGCCUUCUCAAUCCAUUCGUGAUCUCCAAUGGCUCUACAAGGCUUCUCAUCCUAGAAGGACAGCUCAUCAACAUCUAUCUCGACACAAUGGAGGAACUGGAAUCGGUGGCGGGGGCUGGUAAGCUUCACCUGUAUCAUCUGGCAUGUUGCUGUCUUGCAGCCCUCACCUGGCUACGAAGGAUGGGCAACCACGAAAACUUUGGUAUCGGCUCCAGACUGUCACUGACAGGUACCAACGUGUAUAACGCGGGGCCAAUCGUGGUAACCACAAUGUCGAGGUUGCUUAUGAAGAGCGAAGCCGAGGCUAAGGAAUCAACCGACCCGUUUGCGAUGCGCAUUCGAUUAUGGGCACUUUACGUUGGAGCAAUUGUCGAACAAUCACUCCCUGCCAUCGACCCAUUGGCAGGCUACCACAACGUGCAAUUUUGCGCCCUUGCGCGCCGAAUGAAUCUAGAAUCGUGGGAUUCAGUGCAAGAAGUGCUGGACGGCUUCCUGUACUUUGAAGGUGUAGGUCCCACAGCCCGUGCCUGGUUUGAGAUAAUGUCGCAAGCGAAAAGCCCAAGUGAAAGCAGUGUAGGAUCUCCUGGAUCGCUCGUCGACUUAAGGCGUGGCUAUGUCAAGUCAUUGCAACGUUAUAGUGAUGCAGCUUGA